AUGGCGAUACCACCUGUGAUCCCAGCGUCAUUGGCUCAGGAGACUUCUUCUUCAGUCAAGACAACGACCAUCGUCGCCGCGGUAUUUGAGGGCUUGGCGCUUUUCACCACAACUUUCCAGCUCAUCUCAGGUUGCGUGGCUUCACGCUUGGUUAGGAGGUUCAACGGGGUAUUGUUUGGGGCUGGACUUAUUGUGUGCUCGGUGGCUGCUGCGCUGUCGAUCGCCACUUUGGUGUUGCUCAGCAAGGAUUCGGCAAAGCUACCAGAGAAGGUAGCGGGGACUACGACAUCGGGAUUCGUUGUUGGAGGAGCGGUGGCAUUGGGAGUCGCGUUCGCCGCGCAAUUAGCCUUCCAGGUUAUGUGCUUCAUCAGUGUUCGAAUGGGCGGCGUGUGUUGCGCAGGAGACGUGGAGAGCUCGCCAAGGCAACAAGUCAAGGCGAUCCCCUACCAGCAGACGAACCCCAACACGGAGAAGGUCCGCUUCGAAGACCCGACAAUGUCGGGGCGGGGAACCCCCCGUCCGGGCUAUGGACACUCGGUGGGUAACUCUCUGAGCUCGUGGCGCUCAUCGCUUUACUCAGCCAUGCGCCCCAUUCCCUCAAAGACCCAUCUCCUAGGGAGCAACAGCCAGUACUCGCUACCUCUCCGCAUGCGCCAAUCCGACUCAAUCGAUUCAAUCGCCAUGCACGAGCGUCAGACCAUCUCCGUUGGCAUGACUCUUGAGAAUGGCUUCAACUCCGAGGACAUCAACUCCGUUGACCCUCAAACCCGACAGGCUGUCGCCGAGGCUGCCCCUGCCUGCUCUCCGGCAAUGCCAUCUGCACCCUUCCUUGAAACCAUCGCGGCUAGCCCCAUGACCAGCAGGCAACCCAGUCCCGCUUUACCUCCUACAGACAGUGAGCUAGACCUUGGCAACAGUCUGUUCGUCCCGCCCAAGUCCAUCCGCCGCCGCAGCCGCUCCUUCAGCCCCGCCUCUAUGCGGUCAAUGGAGUUCGCGCGGGAAGCCUUCACCCAGCACGCCACUAUGUCCGAAACGCACAUCAGCGAGGCGCACAUCCACCCUCUUUUCCGAUCGGAUUCGCCUACGCCGCCGGCUAUCGUGUCCCCCGGGACAGUUGUGGUCGCGGCGCCCAACGGCGGGCAGGUCCUCUCGGAAAAGCAUAGCAUCCGAACCCUAACGAGAAGGCGAAGCGGGAGUUUGCCGGCGGUGUCAAGCCCAUUGAGCAGGCAAGGAUCGCUAGAAAGCUUUAGGACGAAGGUGACGAAGUAUGAAGGCGGGAGCAGACCGGGGACGAGGGCGGAGGAGCUGAGGGAGGAGGAUGAAGAGGGUUUAUCUGAUGAGGAGGAGAGCGACGAUGAUGAGGAAGGGUAUGGUGGGAACGAGGAAGGAAAUGAUCGGGAUGAGACAACGAUGUCGCCGAUGAAGGGGAAGACUCCUGCUGUGAGCAGCCCAUCGCCCUCGCCUAGACCAUCGCUGGCUCACGAUGAUGCGGCACAUGGAGAAAUGACACCGCCUAUUCCGGACUGGAUCCUCGGUGCUGGAGCGAGGACGAGCUUCUUGGGAUAUAACCAGCGGAAAAGCCAUGCGCCUACGUCUGCGCCAGCUGAUGGCGAGGAGGAGGAGGAGGAGGAGGAGGGUGUUGCUGGUCCCUCCGUUCGAUGA